ACCUUCUUGGGUUCCUGGUAAGGAGGCAGGACUAAAAUUGUAUGACUGGAGUUAUGUGAUUUGUAUCUCUGUGAAAAAAUUAUUUUGAUCCCACUUCUAUUAUGACUUAAAAUUGUAACUGAAAGUUUGGCAAGUAUUUUUAGUCAAGAGAAGAGGCAAAGGAUAGCUUAUCCCUUUACAGAGCUGAAAGUGAGGGGAUAAUAUUGAAGAAGACUCAGAGGUGGAUGUCUGUAGAUCAUUGUAACAAUCAGCCACAAAAUUUUUAUUUUCAGUCUAUGAGACACAUCCAGUCCAAGACCAUAAUGACCACAUUCAACUUGAGCAGCUUCAAUUCAGGCCCUUUCAUCCUACUGGGAAUCCCAGGGCUGGAGGAGUUCCAUGUCUGGAUCGGGAUUCCUUUUUUCAUUAUCUACCUUGUGGCCCUUGCAAGCAACAGUGUCCUUCUCUACCUUAUUUCCAUGGAACGCAGCCUUCAUCAGCCCAUGUUCUUUUUCCUCUCCAUGCUGGCUGCUACAGAUCUCAUCCUAUCUAAUACAUGUGUACCCAAAACAUUCAGCAUCUUCUGGCUAGGUCCUCAGGAAAUCACCUUUUCUGGAUGCCUUACUCAAAUGUUCUUUCUCCACUAUAGCUUUGCCAUGGAUUCUGCCAUCCUGUUAGCCAUGGCAUUUGAUCGCUAUGUUGCUGUUUGCUUCCCCCUAAGAUAUACCACUAUUCUUACCCGUCAAAUUAUUACUAAAAUUGUAAUGGCUAUUGUUAGCAGGAGCUUUUGCAUCAUCUUCCCAUGUGUGUUCCUAUUAAAACGACUACCUUUUUGCCGAACACUCAUCAUCCCCCACACGUACUGUGAGCACAUAGGCAUAGCCCAGCUUGCCUGUGCGGACAUCUCCAUCAACAUCUGGUAUGGCUUUGCUGUGCCUUUAAUGACUGUUACAUCAGACCUGAUCCUCAUUGGCAUCUCCUACACUCUCAUCCUUCGUGCCAUCUUUAAUCUUCCAUCCCGAGAUGCCCGCCAGAAAGCCCUCAACACAUGUGGUUCCCAUGUUUGUGUCAUUCUUAUAUUCUACACACCAGCAAUGUUCUCUGUCCUCACCCACCGUUUUGGUCACAAUAUUCCUCACUCCUUCCACAUACUGACUGCCAACCUCUACGUGGCCAUCCCUCCUGCACUCAAUCCAAUCAUCUAUGGGGUGAAGACCAAGCAGAUUCGGGAAAAAAUCAUCCUACCAUUCUUCCCUAAAGGGAACCAUUGA